AUGAAUCACCCAAUUCUUCAAGCCUUGAGACAAACAGUGGGAGAACAGAUUCUCUUCCCUGGAGGACUUCACAGAUACCCCACCGAAGAGAAAGAGAUUAGAGGAGACCUCGUGGAGAGAAGAGAAUCACAGGAGAAGGAAUUAGAAAAAAUGGCAGGGAUCUAUAAUUUAACAGAAUUACAGCUAACCCCUAAUGCUAUACAAGCACUUAGAAAAG